AAGACAAGAGGUCCAACUCCUAAUUUAAUACCGGAAAUAUAAAGAUGGAGUAUUUCGGGAGCUUUACUUUAAAACCUGUAUUCAUCAAGAGUACAUCCUAUACCUUUGGGAACAGAAAAUCAUCAAGAUCGAAAUUCGAAUGGGGAUCUGUCUCUUUCGACCCAUUAACACGGUAUCGCCUGCCAACAAAAAGCAAGAUUAGUUCAACACCUUACAAAUACGACCAUACCCACUGGAAAACUCGGGAUCCCGUCCGCUCUCCCAUAGAUAAGCCAGUGAAGGGAAGUUUAUCUAAGGGGUAAGACGAAAAUUGUCAGGCCCGUACGGCCAGGGUGGAAUGCUUAGAGUGGGCGCAGCGUGGAAGCAAGGACUCAGGGGGGAACCACAUUGAUCUCUGUCUCUCCCUUCAAGGAAAAAGGGGGGGCGACCCCCUUCUCCUUGGAAGCGCACCGCCUAAUCCCGUCCUCCGAUUUGGCCUCCCGGCUCCGCUGGCGCCGGGGCCUCCCUGCUACCACGCUUCGCACCCUGACCUCAGCUCCUUCGCAGCGUGCCGGCUACGCCCGUCCUCCGUUCUGCCCCUCGAGCUCUCACAGCGCCUGGGUUGCCCGGCUGCCGCAAUUCGCACCCUGACAUUCCCGCCGUAUCGUCUAGGUAACGGGAUCUUAACCUUCUUCUAGCGAGCCUGGUUGCGUCCUUCUAGGGCUGCGAUCCGUGCGGUUGCUUCUGCUAAUGCCUGGUUCUGGCUGUUCAUCUAGGCUUGGGCCUGCUGAAGGUAUGCCUGAGCCUGUUCCAAGGCUGCCUGGAGCUGCUGGUUGAAGGCCAUAUCGUCUAUGACAAGAGGUUCUAGUUAUUGUGCGAGCUGGGUGACUGAUCCUUCACUAAGGUUCUCCGUAUCUUCAGGCUAUACUAAGCCCGCUGAGUCGCUACUGGAGUCGUUACUAUUAGAAUCGUUACCGUCCUGGGCUUCUACGUCUUCUUCUAGCUGGGGGUCCUGCAGGGUUACGUCUUCCUCAGGAGUAGCCAGGUUGUCGCUUGUGCAAUGAGCACUCUGUUCAAUCAGUACCAAGGGAGAGAAGCAAGAAACGUAUUACAAACCGCUCGACUGUUGGGGUCGUCUAUCUAUAAGGGAGCAGGGGCUCGACAGGAUGCUAGGGUUUGGUAAUAAUAAAGAUAGAAUAGAGGGUAAGCUCCUAAUGCACGGGUAAUACAGUCAAAUCGGAAUGCCACUCAAAGUAUAUGAAUGUAAUGAAUGUAUAUGAUUGCUUGCUUGAGGAACCAAGUAAGAGCUAUCUAAGACCGUAGCUACGGUCAUCGUAUA